CUUUCGAAUAGCAUUCUGUUUGUUGAUUCAAGACUACCAAACACAUUGUCCUUCAUUCCCCCAAUGGAAAAUCCGUGGUUAUGGUUUUUGCAACAAUUCAUCGAUAUAUACGUGUUUACAUAAUACCAAUGAAGACAAGUUCAUCGAAAAUUGUGGAUUUGGUUUAAAUUUACUAGAACCAGGAUAUAGAUUUGUUAUAAGUGGUAUGCUAGACAGUCGGCCAUGUGGACCAGAAAGGUUUCAACCGUUCUCAUUGCUACCUAACACAAGCAGCAGAUGUGUGACACGUAAGUCUCAAUGCAACAGAGAAGGACAGGUGGUUUACAGUAAUGGAACAACAACAGAUGACAGAUCGUGUCGCUGUAAUUACAUAGACAAUUUCGUGUUUGUCACAAAGCCAAAGAAAAAGUGCUACUGUAUUCCUUCUGAAGAGGAUUGUAGUUGUUAUAGCAAGGCCUGUGAUGUAGACUACUAUCUGACGCCAGAUUAUCAGUGUGUUCAUUUUAGCAACUGGACUGGCAUCUUCCAAUGCCCAGCGAUACAAAAUGAAAAGAUACCAAAUAAUGGUGCACCAAGGAGAAAAAUUUUUAUUACGAAGUCAGUACCAGAUUCAACAUAUUCUACUUCAAAGAUGAAUAUAUAUGUUAAAUAUCUAGUAGCUAUCGUACUGGUAAUUUUACUGUGUACUGUAUUUUUCCUUUGUGGGACAUACGUUAACUUACAACAUGGACAAGAAAUUGGUAAUGGGGCAACAACUGAGAUGUCAUCCACACAAGACAAAAAUAAAAAGUCUGAGAUAAGUCAAUUUCAAAUUGAACAGCCUCUGGAACAGAAAACACCAAUACCACAGUGUGAUAUCUCUACGCAAGGGGCGACAACUGAGAUGUCAUCCACACAAGUCAAAAAUAGAAAGUCUGAGAAAAGUCAAUUUCAAAUUGAACAGCCUCUGGAACAGAAAACACCACUACUACAGCGUGAUACCUCUUCGCAAGGUGGAAUAAUAGCAGAACAGCCUCUGGAACAGAAAACACCACUACUACAGCGUGAUACCUCUUCGCAAGGUGGAAUAAUAGCAGAUACUAGUAGUUCCUGUAAGUCUUGACAGAAAUAAGAAGAAACACAACUUGUAAAGCUUAUGCUGAAACAUCCUAUUGCAAAAAAAAUAUGGUGUAAUUUUUGGUGUAUAGGUCACAAGAAAAUCAGCAAUUGUGUAACAGUUAGCUGAAAAAAUGUUUAAAAUAGAAAGAUACCAGAUUGACACUGCAAAUAAACAGUUGGAAAUUCUGGAGAAAUAAAAACAAUGUAUACCAAAAGAACAAGUUGUUAAUAUUCAGUGAUGUUUGUUGUGAGUUAUCAUUUGAUCAUUCUCUUCCUAACAGUUUGCUUUUGUGAUUUGUUGUCAGGCGGAAUACAAGUUAUCGUAGAAGAAAGAAAAAUGAAACAUCAACUUUCUUGUAUAAUAUAUAUCUCCGAAGUUCAACAGUUCCAGGCAGUUAGUAUACUUGCUAAUAUUUAUAACUGCGACCUACAGUCAUCAACAUUCUCUAGUACACGAAAUUUCUAAACAGCAAGAAAUAACGUUGACAGUUGGAAAAGGAUGAUGAUUUAAAACAAAAAAUGUAUUCAGCUGACUUUUAAUUUAUAUUCUACAUUUAAAAUGGAAGAAAAAGACUUCAUUUAUUUUUUUUGGAAAGCAACUUUCUAUAAGUAAAGUAAUCAGUGUUAUUUA